GAGCUGUCAGACACCAGAAGAGCGCUUCCAAACAACAGGAGCACUAGAAUCAGAGCUGACACUUCAAGCUGCACCAUGCGGUUCAUCACGCUGCUCUUCCUGCUGAGCCUGACUUGUCUCUAUCUUGCGCUGGCACAAGUGAGUUAUGAGGACUGCUGCCUGAAGUAUGUGAAAGAAAACCCCUACCACAAAAGACAUGCAGUGACGUACAGAUACCAGGAGACAGACGGAGGCUGCAACAUCCCUGCUAUAAUCUUCGUGAUGAGGAAGGGCCGUCUGGUCUGCGCAAACCCCAGGGAGGCUUGGGUGGUACAGCUGAAGAGUAAGCUUGACCGGAGAGCAAUCAAGGCCAGAAUGCAGCAGCACAAGACAAAGAGGACCAGGGUGUGAUCGCUGACGGCGCCCAUUCAGCCGUGUGGUGACCCUUAUCAUCUAAGCAACAGGUUUAUGGCGUCUUUCUGGAAGGAGGUGGGCCAAGAAAGUCCUGUAGCACUACUUUCGCUUUCACUCUCCAUUAAGAUAAAGGUCAAAAGCUUGUGUAGAGCUGCAGCAGCACUCGUUGUCCAGGGUUCGAUGCCGAUGCUGAGAGACCGACAUGUAAAAAUCUUGGCUGCACGUCUUGCCUUUUAAUGCAUCAGAUACUCAAUAAGCUGUUUAUUAUAUAAAUGCUGACAGAAUGUGAAUGAAUACUGAUAAAAUAAUAUAUAAUGUUAUAUUUUCCUGAUAGCUUUGUGUAAUAAUGUGUUCAAAUGAAAACAAACCGCUGACUGUAAAUAAAUCUGUGAUCUGUGUCAUGGGGAAGCAGAAGCUUGUGUGUUGAUUUCUAAACGGGGUCCUUUUGUUUGUAUAUGUGUGGGUUUUUUGCAAUUAUACAUUCUCAAUAUUAAAAUAAACUUACUCUCCAAGCUGG